UCAAAAAUUGAUAAUCAUUGAAAAGAACGGAAGACGUCGCUAUUGGUAUGAAAACUAUCUCUAUCACUUGGUAUGGACGACUUUGGAUAGGACAACAUUUCAAUGUACACAGCACAGUACAGUUUUCCAGUGUAUGGUAAAAAUGUUCCUCACUCCUGAUGGAAAAAUCAGUUUUAAUGAAGCGAAACAUCGUCAUUCUGAUGCAAGUAAAGAAUCAGACGUUAUUGCGAUGAAGGAAGAAAUAAGAAAAUUGGCUAGUAGCACGAAUGAAUAUUCGUCAGAGAUAUACAGAACGGCCUCACGCAAUAAUAAGAAUGCGGGGGAACUAAUUUCACCCGGUGCUUGCGAACAAAUUGUCUGACGCGAAAGGGCGGAAAUUGGACUUGCUCAUCAGCCGAAGACAUUGGAAGAAUUAGGAGCAUUGAUGGUUGAAAAUCCACAUAUGAAGGAGAUAGUGGAAGGGAAUUUCAAGGGACUUGUGGGUACCCCACGAGCAGCAAACGGUGACUGCCAAGGUUCCGCCCUUCUCUUUGUUAACGAUGGAAUAUUGAAUGAUCUGAACGAAGCUGAAAUAAUCAUGGCAGACGGAACUAUGAAGGCGACCCCGGACAUUCCACAGGCGAGUCAGAUAUGGAUUAUUAGCUUCCGGAAAAAUGACAAGUCAUUUGCUGCUGUUUUUGCGGUAUGCCGACGGGCUACUGCUGUGUUAUACGAAGCCAUAUUAUGUCGCUUUUCGAAAAUAGUACCAGGCUUAAAGAAUGUUAAAUUGAUCGUCAGUGAUUUUGAGAGAGCAGCCCUUAAAGCUUUCGCAAAUGUUCUACCUUUGGCAAGGCUGAUGGGGUGUUGGUUUCAUUUCAUCAAAGCAUCAUCUGAACACUGGAAGAAGCUGCUUGAAAAAUAUGAUCUACAUGAUGCCCCACGAGAGCCAAAAUACCUAUUGCAUUCCCUUCCACUACUGUCACAUUAUCAUGCUGAAAAAGGAAUCAAAAUAAUUUCUCAAAAAUCCUCUUAUUAUGAGAAAUUAUUUCCUGAUCUUCGUCAUUGGGCGGAUUAUGUAAAUAAUCAAUGGGGACGAAUUCCAGAAAUUGUGUCGGUGCAUAAUUGUUGCAUUCGCACCAACAAUGAUUCCGAGGCUGACAAUCGACAAUUCACACCUCGAGCCGGAGGUAAAUCCCCUCCCGUCUUCUCAUUCAUUCGAAACUUGCAAGAGAUACUGCGAGAUGAAGUGACGAAUAUGACACGAAUGAAGAAUGGGCUACCGAUUGUGAAGACCAAGCUCAUGGAGAUAAGGUUUAAUCGGGACAUGUGUCUUUUAGUGGCACAAAAAAAUGUAUCUAAACAAGAAAUUACUCUAGAUGAAAUAUAUACAUUUCUGAAGCAAUGUCUACCCGAAGAGCAAUCGAAGAGAAUUGAUGAAGAACAAUGUAUCAGUUUGCGGGACAAUGUUACAAGAGAAAUGUUUAAGCGAGCAUCAAAAAUGGAAUUGAAAUCCUUGUCUGCAGAAAAGGAUGAAGAAUACGGAGUUAAGCGAAAAUGUCAACGUAGAAGGAGGAGGACAACUACGUGAAACAAGUUUGUUUGGCGACAGCAUUUGCGUGUAGAUGUGUUCCUGAGAGACGUGUCAACGCUUCUUUUCCUAUAUUUAUUUAUUUAAGCUAUAUUUAGUUAUAUUAAACUCAAAAAUAAGGGAAUAAUGAAAUUAUCCAUUUCGAUAGUUUUGGCAAUGUGCAACCACCAAAAGAAUUGAUGGAUUAUUUCGGUGUUGGUAGCCUUGUCAAAUACAAUCACCAGAAGCAUCAAGAACAUGAUACAAUCAUAUGUGGUCAUCUAUGUCUCAAGUUCCUCAAUGGACUGUUAUAAAUAUCAUUCACAUUGAUGGAUCGAGUUAGUCUACAACUGACAACCAUGGGUGAAUCGUUCACAUUAACAUUGUCAGGAACAUCUUCCAUUUUGGAAGCGAAUUAUUUUCCCUCCAUCGAAUUAUCUCCCCAUCAUCGCUAUAG